AUGGAAGUAUCAUGGUUGAGUGCAAUUUUGGUCGGCGCCGGUUAUCUCGCUUUCGGUUACUUCAUUGGUUCUCACUAUCCCCAUCGUUUCUUUUUCUCCAAUAGAUUUUCAUCCCCUAAAGACAAAGAUGAUUCACUUCUCAAUCAUAACAACAGCAGUAAGCAGAAGAAGAAUAGUAAACCCAAAAUCAAAGACUCACUUGAGGUUGAACAGCUCGCGGAAAUUCUCGAGGAUUUUAAGAUGAUACUCGUUGUAAGAAAUGAUCUUAAAAUGGGUAAAGGAAAGAUUGCAGCUCAAUGCAGUCAUGCAACGUUGGGACUCUACAAAAAGGUUCUAUAUCGAGCUCCAAAGGCUUUAAAUAGGUGGGAGAUGUCUGCACAGCCCAAGGUUGUUGUCAAAAUUGAAAGUGAAGAAGAUAUGCUGGCUUUGCAAGAAAGGGCUAAAUCUCUGAAGUUACCCACUCAUAUCACAAUUGAUGCUGGGCGAACACAGAUUGCACCGAAUUCCAGAACGGUGAUGGCGAUUCUCGGACCUGUUGAAGUGGUAGAUGAGGUAACAGGUGGACUGAAACUUCUUUAG